CGAUGGUAUUCUGAGGUGGAAAGAGUUGUGCCUUGCAGGCAUCAAGGGAUGUGGCCUCUGGUCCCAGUAUCCCUUUGUGGGCACACAACUUGAUCAUCCUCACUGCGCUUACACCUGCUCCUCUGUAAAGCUAGGAUGGACAGACUGAUCUGGAUGCUUUUUUUUUCCAAACUCCACCUGCAGGACUGGGGCAAGUCUGUGAUGAUAGGGAAAAAUGAGGACAAGAUCGCAAGUUUUUCAUAAAUCUAAAUUUAUUAAAUGUAAAGGACUGCCUUCAUCUUUCAAGUUUAGCCUUUGUGCUUUUUCUUGGUAUUAAAAUGUCUUUCAUUUUAUGAAAUAGUAGUGACAGUGGAUGGAUUUUUUUUAAAAAAAUGGCCUGACUUGGCAGCAUAAAAAUUUGGUUAGCAUGAUAUCCUGUGUGAGGUCAUCUCCCCCAGUUAAAAAAAAAAAAAAAAAGUGCCAGUCAGCGAAGGACCAGGAAUAAAAACUCUGGAUGAGAGGCUCUUAAUCAGGUUGUAGCAGUUUGUAUGAGUUUGUAUAAAGCUUGACAAGUCUAUGUACCCAGGCUCCAGCCUAUUCUCUGUGAGGCUGCCAGGCAUUUUUGGACCUAUUUGCUCCCCUGUUCAAAAACCGUUAGGUGUAAAUAUCUUCACACUUCCCAUCAUAAUCCAGCUCCAAUCUCUCUCCACCUCUUGCAACUCUCAGCAUCCUCCACUCCUGCCUCACCAGUCUUUUCUCCAUUCCCCGUAACUCUUCACAUCUCCCUGCCUUUGCUUACGCUGGUUCCUCUGCCCCGGUGCUGCCCUUCCUCCAGCUGCCUGGCAAACUCCUAUUCCUCUAGACACCCAAUGUCUAAUGUUACCUUUCGUUCUGAAUUUUUCCUUAAUCUGCCCCACUGCUUCCAAUGAAAUAACUGCUACCUCUUCUAUGUUUUUGGCACUUUGCACAGAUUUCUAUUCCAUGUAUUUAUGGAGUAGUUACUUCUGCCAUUCUGUCCUCCAAGACUGUGACCAACAGCACCUAGGUUGGUUUCUGUCCCUCAGAUAUUUACUGAAUUGAAAUACAUUGUGUUUGAUAUUAAUAAAAGAGAAACCAUGUUUGAUGUAAGCCUGGUCAAAUAAACAAAGACAAGUUUACUUUUACGGUCUGAAUCGCUCAGAUUCAAGAAAGCCCCCUCCGACCCUCAAAUUCCUUCUGCACUGUCUCACUUGUGCCUCAAAUCCAUCCCUAACGUCUCAUUCCUUCACUUAAAGGUUACAAUGUAAGAAGUUUAUCAGAUUCUUUCCCAAGCUCAGGCUUGAUGGAAGAAAGGAGGGCGGGGACGCAGGCCUAUGGGUGGGGUAGGGAAGGAGCCACUAGGCUGCAGAGAGGGCAAAAAGAGGCUCUGAGGAUAGAGCCUGUCUCAUUCUCAGUUGUCACAGGUUGGCUGAGGUCACAGGGAGUUCAGAGGACACUGAUUUAAGAAGCCACCUGCCUGUGUCCUUCAAGAUGUUUAGGAUGGGAAAUGAUGGGAUCAGUAGGGCAUAGGUAAUGCUCUCACAGCCCAUAGCGAGAUGUCUUCCUACUUAAGAAAAGGCAGUGACGUUCAGGCGCCUGGUCUGAGGUGCCUGGAAAUACUCACCGGAUGGCAGAGGCGAGGGCUAGCCGACUGGGUGGAGGGGGCCUGGGGAUCUGGGGUAGGGAGUGGGACCCAUCCCGGGGGCCGCGAAUGGAAGCGCUGCCUGCUUAGAGUGUUGGCUGGACUGGAAGAGCAGGCAGGGCGUGGGUCGGCUGCUGGGGGAGGGGUAAGGCGAGGGGAGCGGGGAGGUCAAGGCCUGAGCUCCCUGUGCCAAGGCCGAGGGCAGGCGCACCCUGGGACGAGGCCUCUGUCUUACAGGGAACUGCUCCCUUCGUGCCCGGGCUGGGGGACCCUGCAGCCCACCUCUGACUUGGCCCCGAGCCACUGGGGGCACUUUUCCAGACUUGCUUGGUGCCAGGACUGGAUACUUUGGGAGAUCCAGGCAGGCUCCGCGGAGGUUCACGCCGGCCGAGGGGGCAGACCCUGAGUGUGGGCGUGUGGGUGUGUGCAUGAGCGUGGACCCGGAGCGACACACACUCACACACACACACUCACACGCCCGCACCCACGCAGGGCCCUCGGCCGCGCCGCCCCAGACCCUCACCCCAGAGCCGGGUCCUCCCUGACCACUGCUUCUCACUAACGCAGAGGGCAGGAUUCGUGGGUCCCGGACGAGGCGCCAAGAAUUUGGACUCAUAUCAAGAUGCUCUGAAGAAGAACAACCCUUUAGGAUAGCCACUGCAACAUCAUGACCAAAGACAAAGAACCUAUUGUUAAAAGCUCCCAUUUUGUUUGCCUUAUGAUCAUAAUAGUUGGAACCAGAAUCCAGUUCUCCGACGGAAAUGAAUUUGCAGUAGACAAGUCAAAAAGAGGUCUUAUUCAUGUUCCAAAAGACCUACCGCUGAAAACCAAAGUCUUAGAUAUGUCUCAGAACUACAUAGCUGAGCUUCAGGUCUCUGACAUGAGCUUUCUAUCAGAGUUGAAAGUUUUGAGACUUUCCCAUAACAGAAUCCAGCUACUUGAUUUAAGUGUUUUCAAGUUCAACCAGGAUUUAGAAUAUUUGGAUUUAUCUCAUAAUCAGUUGCAAAAGAUAUCCUGCCAUCCUAUUGUGAGUUUCAGGCAUUUAGAUCUCUCAUUCAAUGAUUUCAAGGCCCUGCCCAUCUGUAAGGAAUUUGGCAACUUGUCACAACUGAAUUUCCUGGGAUUGAGUGCUAUGAAGCUGCAAAAAUUAGAUUUGCUGCCAAUUGCUCACUUGCAUCUAAGUUAUAUCCUUCUGGAUUUAAGAAAUUAUUAUAUAAAAGAAAAUGAGACAGAAAGUCUACAAAUUCUGAAUGCAAAAACCCUUCACCUUGUUUUUCACCCAACUAGUUUAUUCGCUAUCCAAGUGAACAUAUCAGUUAAUACUUUAGGGUGCUUACAACUGACUAAUAUUAAAUUGAAUGAUGACAACUGUCAAGUUUUCAUUAAAUUUUUAUCAGAACUCACCAGAGGUCCAACCUUACUGAAUUUUACCCUCAACCACAUAGAAACAACUUGGAAAUGCCUGGUCAGAGUCUUCCAAUUUCUUUGGCCCAAACCUGUGGAAUAUCUCAAUAUUUACAAUUUAACAAUAAUUGAAAGCAUUCGUGAAGAAGAUUUUACUUAUUCUAAAACGACAUUGAAAGCAUUGACCAUAGAACAUAUCACGAACCAAGUUUUUCUGUUUUCACAGACAGCGUUGUACACCGUGUUUUCUGAGAUGAACAUUAUGAUGUUAACCAUUUCAGAUACACCUUUUAUACACAUGCUGUGUCCUCAUGCACCAAGCACAUUCAAGUUUUUGAACUUUACCCAGAACGUUUUCACAGAUAGUAUUUUUGAAAAAUGUUCCACGUUAGUUAAAUUGGAGACACUUAUCUUACAAAAGAAUGGAUUAAAAGACCUUUUCAAAGUAGGUCUCAUGACUAAGGAUAUGCCUUCUUUGGAAAUACUGGAUGUUAGCUGGAAUUCUUUGGAAUCUGGUAGACAUAAGGAAAACUGCACUUGGGUUGAGAGUAUAGUGGUGUUAAAUUUGUCUUCAAAUAUGCUUACUGACUCUGUUUUCAGAUGUUUACCUCCCAGGAUCAAGGUACUUGAUCUUCACAGCAAUAAAAUAAAGAGCAUUCCUAAACAAGUCGUAAAACUGGAAGCUUUGCAAGAACUCAAUGUUGCUUUCAAUUCUUUAACUGACCUUCCUGGAUGUGGCAGCUUUAGCAGCCUUUCUGUAUUGAUCAUUGAUCACAAUUCAGUUUCCCACCCAUCAGCUGAUUUCUUCCAGAGCUGCCAGAAGAUGAGGUCAAUAAAAGCAGGGGACAAUCCAUUCCAAUGUACCUGUGAGCUAAGAGAAUUUGUCAAAAAUAUAGACCAAGUAUCAAGUGAAGUGGUAGAGGGCUGGCUUGAUUCUUAUAAGUGUGACUACCCAGAAAGUUAUAGAGGAACCCUACUAAAGGACUUUCACAUGUCUGAAUUAUCCUGCAACAUAACUCUGCUGAUCGUCACCAUCGGUGCCACCAUGCUGGUGUUGGCUGUGACUGUGACCUCCCUCUGCAUCUACUUGGAUCUGCCCUGGUAUCUCAGGAUGGUGUGCCAGUGGACCCAGACUCGGCGCAGGGCCAGGAACAUACCCUUAGAAGAACUCCAAAGAAAUCUCCAGUUUCAUGCUUUUAUUUCAUAUAGUGAACAUGAUUCUGCCUGGGUGAAAAGUGAAUUGGUACCUUACCUAGAAAAAGAAGAUAUACAGAUUUGUCUGCAUGAGAGAAACUUUGUCCCUGGCAAGAGCAUUGUGGAAAAUAUCAUCAACUGCAUUGAGAAGAGUUACAAGUCCAUCUUUGUUUUGUCUCCCAACUUUGUCCAGAGUGAGUGGUGCCAUUACGAACUCUAUUUUGCCCAUCACAAUCUCUUUCAUGAAGGAUCUAAUAACUUAAUCCUCAUCUUACUGGAACCCAUUCCACAGAACAGCAUUCCCAACAAGUACCACAAGCUGAAGGCUCUCAUGACGCAGCGGACUUAUUUGCAGUGGCCCAAAGAGAAAAGCAAACGUGGGCUCUUUUGGGCUAACAUUAGAGCCGCUUUUAAUAUGAAAUUAACACUAGUCACUGAAAACAAUGAUGUGAAAUCUUAAAAAAAUUUAGGAAAUUCAACUUAAGAAACUAUUAUUUACUUGGAUGAUGGUGAAUAAUACAGUCGUAAGUAACUGUCUGGAGGUGCCUCCAUUAUCCUCAUGCCUUCAGGAAAGACUUAACAAAAACAAUGUUUCAUCUGGGGAACUGGGCUAGGCGGUGAGGUGGUACUCAACCUGCCAGUUAGAGACAGGCCAGUCUCUUCUGGUUUAAUCAUUAUGUUUCAAAUUGAAACAGUCUCUUUUGAGUAAAUGCUCAGUUUUUCAGCUCCUCUCCACUCUGCUUUCCCAAACGGAUUCUGUUGUGAGCAAGAGUUUAUAUGGCUUCAUGGUAGCAAGGGAACAGCCAACUUCAGCAUCAUAUGCACCAGUCCUCAGAGUGCCCUGUGAAUCAUAUUGGUCUUUGGGUCAGUGUCAUCAUUCUCUUCAAGUCUGGGGCUUGGGGAAAAAAUUAGAUCAGCUACGGCAUAUAAAAAAGUCUUUUGUUUCA